AUGGAGCACAUAAAUGUUCAGUAUGCAAAAUACCAGUCCAUGCACUAUCAGUGUUCAGCACAUCUUCCAAAUGAAGAUGAUAUUCGUUUAUGCUAUAGCUGUUUGGAAAUAAACGAAAAGUCCAAAGAAAACAAUGCAACAGAUAACUGGUGUCGACAAUCUAAAAAACAACUGAAGAGUGCAUCUUAUAUCAUUCCUAAUCCCCACUUACGCCACGUUAACAUUGGUAACUCUCGAAACUCACGUAAUUUACCUUUGCUCAAAAAUGGAUCACGUGCUGAUGAAUUUAAGGCAUGUGCACUUAAAAGUCAAAAUACAAACGUAAUUUUGAGUAACACGUGUGCCUUUGACUCAAUUGCAUCAAUGAUUAUGGUUUCAUUCUGUGACAGUCAAAAUUAUUCAAGUGGUCUUUUGAAAAAUAAAACGAAAUUUGUUAAGUUCAUUUCUGAAUUGGUGAAAAAUGGCAUAACUCCACAUACAUAUUCUGAACGAGCAGAAUUAAUAAUCAUAUCGCUUAAUCCGAACAGAGAAACAAUGGAAUAUAAUACGAAAUUAGUAAUCUGUGAUACUACACCAAAACCCGUAUUUAAAUAUAUGUUAAGUGAAUUCUCUUCCUUGAAAGAAACAAGCAAAUGCUCAAAUGAAAAAUGUGAGAAAUAUCAAGAGAAGUGUCAAGAUCGUUGUUUUGUUACAUUUACUACUACAAGUGGACAAGUUGAUGAUCUUCAAGAACUUGUAAGUAAUGGAAUGAAGACUGAAGAGUUUAUGUAA